AUGUGUUCUAUUUCAAAUUGGGAGAAAGAAAUUGAAUAUCAUAAAGGAAAAGAUAAAAAUGGAGCUUCAGCCCCAUCACCUGACCGAAGUGGAAGACAUGCUAGUAGACCCCAUAAGAUGGACUCUGAAGUGAGAGACCGGAUCAAACACCACAUUGCAAGUUUUCCGGCAGAUCAGUCGCAUUACUCUCGCAACAAUAAUGCACAUAAGUUAUAUCUAUCUCCAUUGCUCAAUGUAACAAAAAUGUACAAUAUUAACAUUGAAAUGUGCUGUGCAGGAAAUUUGCUAGACAAAUUUAAGAUAAAAAACCUUUAA